CAGUGGAGGCGAACAGCAAUGGUAUCAUCCAUGCGACGGCAAAUUUCACAGGAACCAGAUGGGAUCUCUAUGGUGUACACCAGAUCAUUUCAGACCAAGUCAAAUUUACAGCUCAACUCUCAUAUCUCCACGGAAAUGCGACUGUCGUAUAUCGAUCCUCUCAGAAUGGCUCAUCAAAGCUAAUGAUCUACAGUGCGCAUAAGGAUUGGCCGUUUCAAAUGCAAAUGAGGCAACUGUCCAUACGGUCACAACAUCCGCACUAUCCACUAUUCCAUCGCACUCAUCAAGAGGUGUUCCUUACAAUGGGACACAACCGCAGUGCAAGUUUACAAGCGGAAUGGAACAUCGGCUCAAGGAAUGGCGAACUCCGACAGGGAGUCGUGAUACUGCGUCAUCAUUCCCAGCCUGGUGUCACCGAUCUACGAAUUGACAUCAUCUGGACAGAGGGAGAUCAACCUAGUGAACUGUAUUCUACCGUUCAGACUUAUUCCAGAAGCUUAAAAAUAGUCAACAAGUUGAAGAGACCAGGAAUGAAAAGCUCCGACUUGUCAAUCGGCUUCAAUCAAUCGUUGUCGCAAAACUUUUGGAUGUUACAUACAAAUCAGCCGGGUAUUUUUAGCGCAAAUCUAUGGACGGAGGCAGAAACCUAUCCGCAGUUAAAUUCCAAGGCAUCCGUAAUCUGGCGGUUUGGAUAUCAACUGGACCAAGGAGGCGACACAUGGUUUUAUGCCUCAUUAAGCAUACCUGAAAAAGUGAGGUAA